AAACAUUACAAAACAACAGGUGACAACCGUCCAAACAUGAGUGGUAAAAGAACGACAUCGUAUCAAACUCCAAACAUUGCUUGCUUUAAUGGCUAUGACCAAUUUUCACUUCAAGACAUUAAACCUCAACUCCAUAUGCCAUAGAAAUUUCAGCUACCUUCACAGAUAGCCUCUGUCCCCAAAACUCACAACACAUAUUACUCCAUUCAAUUCACCAUGAAAUUAGUUUCCUUCUUCUUCUUCACAUUGUUUCUCUCCUUGCUCCAUCAACCCCUCAAAUGUUCUUCCGCUACCAAUUUCACUACCCAAAUUACUUCACCAAUGUUGAUUUUACCCCUAAAAACUCAACAAAUCCCAUCUGGGUCUUCUUUCCCUAGAGCUUCAAAUAAACUCCCAUUUACUCACAAUGUCACUCUUACUGUUUCCCUUUCAGUCGGUACACCUCCACAGAAUGUUACCAUGGUGCUCGACACAGGUAGUGAACUCUCAUGGCUACAUUCCAAUGCUACCCGAAUCAAACAACCCGUUUUCAAACCGAACAUGUCAGUUUCUUACCGACCCGUUGCUUGCUCCGAACCCACUUGCACGACCCGAACUCAAGAUUUAUCUAUCCCAGUUUCUUGUGAUUCCAAGAAUUUCUGUCAUGCUGUGCUUUCUUAUGCUGAUUCUUCCUCUUCUGAAGGGAAUUUAGCAAUGGAUACGUUUAGAAUUGCCGGGUCGAAUUUUUCGGGUACGAUAUUCGGGUCAAUGGAUUCGGGUAUUACUACUAAUUCAGAUGAGGAUGAAAAGACAACCGGGUUAAUGGGUAUGAACCGUGGAUCUCUUUCUUUUGUUUCACAAAUAGGCUUUAAGAAAUUUUCUUAUUGCAUUUCGAGUCUUGAUUUUUCUGGUGUUUUACUUCUCGGUGAAUCGAAUUUUACUUGGGUUUUACCGUUAAAUUACACGCCGUUAGUGGAAAUUUCACUUCCGUUACCUUAUUUUGAUCGAGUAGCGUAUACUAUUCAACUUGAAGGGAUUAAAGUGUCGAAUAAAUUACUUCCGAUACCCGAAUCCGUAUUUGUACCCGAUCAUACCGGGGCGGGUCAAACCAUGGUUGAUUCGGGUACUCAAUUCACUUUCCUACUUGGUCAAGCUUACACUGCAUUAAGAAACGAGUUUUUGAAUCAAACAAUGACAACUCUUAAGGUUCUUGAAGAUCAAGAUUUUGUUUUUCAAGGUGCAAUGGACUUAUGUUAUCGGGUACCUGUUAACCAAACGUGGUUACCUAAGUUACCAUUGGUUAGUUUAGUGUUUCGAGGAGCGGAAAUAACGAUUUCGGGGGAACAGUUGUUGUAUCGUGUACCUGGUGAAAUUCGGGGAAAAGAUUCGAUACAUUGCUUCACUUUUGGAAAUUCCGAGUUACUAGCGGUCGAGGCGUACAUUAUUGGACAUCAUCAUCAACAAAAUGUAUGGGUGGAGUAUGAUCUUGAAAAAUCUCGCAUUGGUUUUGCUCAAGUACGAUGCGAUAUAGUGAGUCAAAGAUUUGGUCUUUCUCGUUAAAAUGGAAGAUUCAAGUGUUACUACUACUAUUUUUUUUUCCAAACUUAUAUAUAGUUCGAGUUAAAAACAACAAGAAUGCUUCGUGUGGACGGUGGAAAACAUGUCAUGUGAUUAAUGGAUUUUUGCAAGUAGAGGUUUGAGUGGUCCCAUAGAAAUAUAUAACACCGAUCAAAUUUAUGAAUUGCCAUACUUGAAGUUGCAAGACAUCAAAUGAAGGUGGGGAUUGUUGGUUCAUGGCUAGAAAUGGUUGGUGAUUUUAAGAGAGGCCUUCACCAUUUUGUACAUUACAUUUUUGUGGCUAAUUUUUCAAAGGCAAUUAAUAAUCUUCUUGUCGUGUUUAGUGAUUAGUCAAGUAUACUCAUUGAUGAGUUAUUUUAUCUCUAUGUAGGGAAAUAUACUCAUUAUUAUUGUAAUCAAUCCUUUUAGUUGUUUGAAUUAAAUUUUUUGA